AUGAAUGAGGUGAAAAGAAAAGCAACCGCUAAGUAUUUUGAACAAGUUCUGUGGAACAAUAUUUCCAAGCAGAAUUCGUUCGAAGACCGACGUUUGAAUCUACGAUGCAGCAAGAUAGACAAGGAUGGAAGCGUAGCUGUUAAAUCGUGGGAUUCAGAACAGUUGCUCAUGGUCAGAAGAAAUAAAAAGCUUCGAGAACUUAUCAGCUCCACGGAAGAUUGCAAAAGACCUGAUCACGAUAAGAGGAGGUGUCAUAGUCAGUUGGCCACGAGUCACCAUCUUCCAUCUUUAGCAACACGCGAGCGUCCAUUGACAACUGGUCGAAAGACGAGUUUAUCUGUCCCAAGCAUACUCGACAAUCGCCUUUCUCGGUCUCACCCAGAUCUAACAACUGACUUCGUAUUGGAAAACACAAGAAAAGAAAGUAUAAACUUGCCUUCUGUGUCUAAUGUUGCGGUACCGACAGUUCGCAGGAGCUCACACUCAGCGAUCUCACGGAACACCUGUUUAUCAGACAGUGAAAUAAAUACGCAAAAAAAAAGAACACUAACAUGGAACAAGCCAACGAUUCAGUUACAUCAAAGGAAUAACAAUAUAUAUUAA